UUUCUUCUUUUUUUCCAUUGCACAAAACGAAAAAACGACAAGAUAUUUUUAUAAAAAUAAUAAAUAAAUAUUUGUCGCCUCGCUAUGUAUUUCUUGUUUAUUUUGUCUCAGGUUAAUUAAUUUCCGAAAAUGAGCGAUCCAAUGGGGGAAACGGGAUUUUCUGGAGAAUCGGCGGAGAUGGUCUUCUCCGAGACGGAGAUGGCGGCGGCAGAACUGCUUAUGCAGCUGAGCGAGGAAGAAACGAUGAGCUGUAGCAGCAGCACCGCCGGAGAAAGUGGAGGAGGUGGCAAGAGAAGACACGAAGAUGUUUGCUCGAGAACCGGAAACGACAGCGUAAAAGGCAGCUGUAAUCUUGCCCGGAAGAUGAAGAAGAUGAAGGAAAAGAAGUUUCGAUCUCUCGAGAGUAUUUACAUGGCAACGAAGGAGAUUAGCGCUUAAUUAACGGAAGAAAGGGGGAUGGGAUAAUUACAUGUCAAUCGUUUUUAGUAACCUGUGUCAACGGUUUUUGUGUCUAUAUGUAGUGCUUGAUCUAACGUUGGAGCUUGAGGACGUGUGUUAAUAGUUUUUGAAGCUUUUGAGAUGAAAUUUGUAAAAUAUAUAUAUUCUCACAUAAAAUAUCUAUGAGUUUAGCCAAUA